CUGCCGACUCUGCCGCCACGCCCUCCCGCUCGACCUGCAGCCGCGGGGCGGCAUGAGGAGAGCCGGGGGCGGCUGGCGGGGCCGCAGCUGAGGCGCGGCGGCGGGGAGCCGCCAUGUCGCUGCUGUGCGUGCGAGUAAAAAAAGCUAAACUCCAGGGACCGCCAGAUAAAUUCAAUACCUACGUGACCCUGAAAGUGCAAAAUGUGAAGAGCACAACAGUAGCAGUGCGAGGUGACCAACCAUGCUGGGAACAGGACUUCAUGUUUGAGAUCAGUCGGCUGGACCUGGGCCUAAUUGUUGAAGUAUGGAACAAAGGACUUAUAUGGGACACGCUGGUGGGGACGGUGUGGAUUGCUUUGAAAGCCAUUCGCCAAUCUGAUGAGGAAGGUCCUGGGGAAUGGUCUACAUUAGAGGCAGAAGUUGUGAUGAAACGUGAUGAAAUCUGUGGAACCAAAAACCCGACUCCUCACAGAAUAUUGCUGGACACAAGAUUUGAACUACCUUUUGAUAUCCCUGAAGAGGAAGCCAGAUAUUGGACCAGAAAAUUAGAACAAAUAAAUUCACUGGGAGAUGAUGAGUAUUCCUUUCAGGAGGAGGUCCAGAAGAAACCAUUGCCCAGUGCUGCCUCCCAGUGCUCCUUUGAAGAUGCUGACAGUGCCAUGGAUGAUCGAGACAGUGACUAUCGCAGUGAGACCAGCAACAGCAUUCCUCCUCCAUACCACACGACUGUGCAGCCCAAUGCCUCUGUGCACCAGUUCACUGUACCAUCACGCCUGCAGCAGCAAGGAGUCUUGCGGGAUUCCUGUGCUGACUCCCUGCAGAAUUACGAUGUGGAUUAUCGGGAGCAUGUGGCCAUCAGGCGAUAUGAUAGCAUAGAUUCCAUUGUGAGUGGCCGAACUGACCUAGAGUCCACAUCUGAGUCUAGUCAAAUGACAAGCCGCCAGUGCUCGCUAGAGAGCAGGCACUCUCUAGAUCUGUCUGAUAGUCCUGCUGGCAGUAGUAGAUAUGGCUCCUCUUGUAAUGUCAGCCAGGGAAGCUCUCACCUGAGUGAGCUGGACCAUUCCCAUGAAAGUGCCCAUGGCUCUGAGCAAGAUGAUGAUCAUCAGGAACGAGAGUCGAAUUACUCCUACCACAGCUACCAUAAGGACAGUCAGACAUGGCUCAGGGAGCAGGAGGAGCCUAACAGCAAAGGAGAGGAGGAGAAGAUCUCUGAGACAGAGGAGAAGCAUACAGAUCAUUCUACUGCUAAGUUACCCCUGGAACUUGACAAGUCCAAGGAUGUUGAUGCAGCAACCCAAGUGAGGUACCAUGGUGACAAUGAACCACCACCAUUUUCUCCAGCAAGAGCCCAUUGGAUUCGAGCCAUUAACAAAGUUCGAAUGCAGCUUCAAGAGGGUCAAGAUGAGGCUGAUCCCUCAAAACCACCCUGGCUCAAAGGAGGGCCUGCAGGUGGUCUCUAUGGCAUUGACAGCAUGCCCGAUCUACGCAAAAAAAAGCCAAUUCCACUUGUCAGUGAUCUGUCACUGGUUCAGUCCCGGAAAGCCGGAAUUACCUCAGCAAUGGCCACCAGAACAUCUCUCAAAGAUGAAGAGCUGAAAUCUCAUGUCUAUAAGAAGACCUUGCAAGCCUUAAUUUACCCUAUCUCUUGUACUACCCCACACAACUUUGAAGUAUGGACAGCCACAACUCCUACCUACUGCUAUGAAUGUGAGGGGCUGUUGUGGGGUAUUGCACGGCAGGGAAUGCGCUGCGCUGAAUGUGGAGUCAAGUGCCAUGAGAAGUGCCAAGACUUGCUCAACGCUGACUGCUUACAGAGAGCAGCAGAGAAGAGCUCAAAGCAUGGAGCUGAGGAUCGAACCCAGAAUUUUAUCAUGGCCAUGAAGGAUCGCAUGAAAAUCCGUGAGCGGAACAAGCCGGAGAUCUUUGACUUGAUCAGAGAUGUGUUCUGUGAGAGCAAAUUGACACAUGCUCAGCAGAUGAAGACCGUGAAGCAAAGUGUGCUAGAUGGCACCUCAAAAUGGUCAGCGAAGAUCACAAUCACAGUGGUGUGUGCUCAGGGUCUACAGGCCAAAGACAAGACUGGUUCCAGUGAUCCGUAUGUAACUGUUCAAGUGGGUAAAACAAAGAAGAGGACAAAAACAAUUUUUGGGAAUUUGAAUCCUGUUUGGGAAGAAAAAUUUUAUUUUGAGUGCCAUAAUUCCUCUGACCGGAUCAAGGUGCGAGUGUGGGAUGAGGACGACGACAUCAAGUCUCGAGUCAAGCAGAGGCUGAAGCGUGAGUCGGAUGACUUCCUGGGGCAGACAAUCAUUGAAGUCCGUACACUGAGCGGAGAAAUGGAUGUGUGGUACAACCUUGAGAAAAGAACAGAUAAAUCUGCAGUGUCUGGGGCUAUCCGUCUGCAAAUCAAUGUGGAGAUCAAAGGCGAGGAGAAGGUGGCUCCGUAUCACAUUCAGUACACUUGCCUUCAUGAGAACCUCUUUCACCAUCUCACAGAUGUGCAAGGGAAUGGGGUGGUAAAGAUCCCUGAUGCCAAAGGAGAUGAUGCCUGGAAGGUGUAUUUCGAUGAGACAGCUCAAGAGAUUGUGGAUGAAUUUGCAAUGCGCUACGGCAUUGAAUCAAUAUACCAGGCCAUGACGCAUUUUGCAUGUCUUUCCUCCAAAUACAUGUGCCCAGGUGUACCAGCUGUGAUGAGCACCUUACUUGCCAAUAUCAACGCUUACUAUGCGCACACAACUGCCUCCACAAACGUGUCUGCUUCAGACCGCUUUGCAGCCUCCAAUUUUGGGAAAGAACGAUUUGUUAAGCUUCUGGACCAGCUUCAUAACUCACUUCGGAUCGAUCUCUCGAUGUAUAGGAAUAACUUCCCAGCCAGCAGCCGUGAACGGCUGCAGGACCUGAAGUCUACAGUGGAUUUGCUGACCAGCAUUACUUUUUUCAGGAUGAAGGUUCAAGAGCUUCAAAGUCCACCCCGAGCCAGCCAGGUAGUGAAGGACUGUGUAAAAGCUUGCCUCAACUCCACAUAUGAGUACAUUUUCAACAACUGUCAUGAGCUGUACAGUCGCGAGUACCAGACAGAUCCUAACAAAAAUCAGGAUCUUCCUCCUGAGGAGCAGGGUCCCAGUAUCAGGAACUUGGAUUUCUGGCCCAAACUCAUCACUUUGAUAGUUUCCAUCAUAGAGGAGGACAAGAAUUCUUAUACCCCAGUACUGAAUCAGUUUCCUCAGGAACUUACUGUUGGUAAGAUCAGUGCAGAGGUGAUGUGGAGCCUUUUUGCCCAGGAUAUGAAAUAUGCCAUGGAAGAGCACGAGAAACACAGACUAUGUAAGAGUGCGGACUAUAUGAAUUUACACUUCAAAGUGAAGUGGCUGUACAACGAAUAUGUUCGUGAUCUGCCUGCCUUCAAGGGAAAAGUGCCUGAAUACCCAGCGUGGUUUGAGCAGUUCGUGAUGCAGUGGCUGGAUGAAAAUGAAGAUGUUUCCUUAGAGUUCCUGCAUGGUGCUCUGGAGAGAGAUAAAAAAGAUGGGUUCCAGCAAACAUCUGAGCACGCUCUGUUCUCUUGCUCAGUGGUGGAUGUCUUCACCCAACUCAAUCAGAGCUUUGAGAUCAUUAAGAAGUUGGAGUGCCCAGACCCUGUCAUUGUUGCUCAUUAUAAUAGGAGGUUUGCUAAGACUAUUGGGAAAGUGCUGAUGCAGUAUGCUGACAUCCUCUCCAAGAGCUUCCAGUCUUAUUGUUCCAAGGAGAAACUGCCCUGCAUCCUGAUGAAUAACAUCCAGCAGCUGAGAGUGCAGCUAGAGAAGAUGUUUGAAGCCAUGGGUGGUAAAGAGCUGGAUGCAGAAGCAAGUGACCAUCUCAAAGAGCUCCAGGUGAAGCUGAACAAUGUUUUGGAUGAACUGAGUGCAGUGUUUGGUAACAGCUUUCAGACUCGUAUUGAUGAGUGUGUCAAGCAGAUGUCUGAUAUCCUCUGUCAGGUGAAAGGGACAGGAAAUGUUGCUGCUAACGCCAGAAACACGGUUGCACAAGAUGCUGAUAACGUCCUGAGGCCAUUAAUGGAUUUCCUGGAUGGAAACCUGACUCUGUUUGCAACUGUGUGUGAAAAGACAGUGCUAAAACGGGUGCUGAAGGAGCUCUGGAGGGUGGUAAUGAAUACCAUGGAGAAGCUGAUUGUGCUGCCUCCUCUUACAGACCAUACGGGCACACAGUUGAUUUUCAGUGCUGCUAAAGAACUGGGACAUUUGUCAAAAUUGAAGGAUCACAUGGUGAGAGAAGAAACCAGGAGCCUCACUCCAAAGCAGUGUGCUGUUUUGGAUCUAGCACUGGAUACCAUCAAACAAUAUUUCCAUGCUGGCGGGAAUGGACUGAAGAAAACUUUCCUGGAGAAGAGUCCUGACCUGCAGUCACUUCGAUACGCUCUUUCCCUCUACACUCAGACCACAGACACUCUCAUCAAAACUUUUGUCCAGACACAGACAGCUCAGGGCUCUGGUGUGGAUGACCCUGUGGGUGAAGUGUCCAUACAGAUCGACCUGUAUACCCAUCCAGGAACUGGUGAACACAAGGUCACAGUGAAAGUUGUGGCAGCCAACGACCUGAAGUGGCAGACGUCUGGCAUGUUCCGUCCGUUCGUUGAAAUUACCAUGAUUGGACCUCACCAAAGUGACAAGAAGAGGAAGUUCACAACAAAGUCAAAGAGCAACAACUGGGCUCCCAAAUACAAUGAAACCUUUCACUUCAUACUGGGGAAUGAGGACGGCCCUGAUGCCUAUGAGCUCCAAGUCUGCGUGAAGGACUACUGCUUUGCCCGGGAGGAUCGGGUGCUUGGGAUAGCGGUGAUGCAGCUCAGAGACAUAGCAGACAAAGGAAGCUGUGCUUGCUGGUGCCCUCUUGGGCGCAGGAUUCACAUGGAUGAGACUGGACUUACAGUCCUGAGGAUUCUUUCCCAAAGAACGAAUGAUGAGGUUGCAAAAGAAUUUGUGAAGUUGAAAUCUGAGUCCCGUUCCACAGAGGAAGGCACCUGAGCUGCGCUGUGUGAUCUUUCCUUUUCUCUUCUGCCUUGUGCCAAUAUGUGCAAGUGUUCAACAAUUCUCUUUUAUUAAUUACAAAAGAUUUUUUCAUGUUAUCUUUGUCAGCUCUGAUAGCGCACGUGUGCUGUAGAGGAAACAAAUCCAUCAAUCUGAUGUGAAUUAUUUAUUUUUUAGUAGCUGGGUAAGACACCGUAGAGAACAAGACAAUCUCUUCCUAUUUAAGAUGCAAAUUCUGCUUUGUGUAUAUAAAUUAUUUUAUAUUGCAGGCUGGGUAUGCUGGGUUUUGUUGAUAUGCAGCACUGUGAUUUUAUCCUCUGAAGCUGGCAGACGUUGAAAAGGUUCUACAUAAUCACACUACGAAACAAACCAACUGUAUGGAAAUUGGGAGAAGAAUGAUUUUGGGGUUUGGCAAAACACAGUUAUCUCGUUGAAUUCAUAUGCUGUGGAGCUGCCAAAGGGUGUUUCUGCUCAGAGUGCACUAGUCUCUCAAUGUGUUAUGCAGACACCUCAACGUCUGCUUAAAAAAAGAAGUUGCAAAUUGCUGUGAAGAUGUACCCCAGAUGAAUGUAUGACUGUGGAUGUGCUGCUGUGAGCAUGAACAUGCCCAGUGGAACAAGUGCAGAGGGCCUAAGAUCUUAUAGCCAAAAACUGCAAAGGCAGCGCACCAGGAGCAGGCUGCAGCUGCCCUGCCAUUAUUACUAGAUGCUGUGUUGUAGAGAAUAUAAAAUCCCCGCGUGCUGCUGGGUGUCCUGCAUCACCAUGUGGGUGCUGUAAGCUGCUGAGCUCCACGAGUCACACUUUGACUACCAUGACCGACCCGGUAAGGAAGGGAGCAACAUUACAGCCGUGACAAAUAAUACGGCUACUAUUUACUUUUUCCACUUCAAUAUUCUUUAGUUAGGGUGUUGCUCUGGUUUUGUUUGGUUGGUUGUGGGGUUUUGUUUUGUUUUGUUUUGUUUUGUUUGAUAAUACUUGCAAAUUUUCUGUAUCAUUUUGUUACCCUGCAGGCCGUUUCUCCUUAUAAACCCAGAAAUAAUGGCUUGUUUGGAAGAGAACUACACAUCUCCCCUCUGCAUGCACUCACUCUUUUAAGUGCAGGUGGAGGGGCAGCACGUCUGUUUGGUUCUGAUCCUGAAGCUGCUGCUGGCCAUGCCAUGGUUGAUCCGUGUUGAUUGUCAUUAAUCUGUGAUUUAAUGAUACCAUUGAAAAUAUUUUUGCACUAUCUUGAAAAACCAUACUAGUUUUGUUUUCUUGCAAAAUAAAACAGUGUCCUGAGCAAAGUGAUUGCGGGGAUGUCAGAAUUUGAAAUUUCUUGAGCAGAAAGGUCUGGAGCAAUGAUUGUAACGAUGUAUGGUUUUUUUUUGAUUUUUUCUUCACUAAGGGGAUAUUUGCUAUUUCCAGCUGCCCUCGUACUGUGGAAGGUGCAGCUGGAACAAGCCAGUCCUUGUCCAUAAAGUACUGUAAUACUGUCAAUAAAUUCAAGGACCGGCUAUUGAAUGACUUUUUUUUUUUGUAUUUUCUUUUCUAUUUUGUCUGACACUUGUACAGCUGUAUGAUAUGACUGCUGUAUUCCAUGGGCUUGCUUGUAGAGUUGAGACUGCACAUCUGCUUUGUUCGUGUCUGUGGUGUGCUGCAGUAGUGCUCUCCUAAACCUCACGCUUUUUGUCACAAUUCUGAAUUGUCGUACGUGCCAUUGUUACGAGAACUGUUAGUACAGUCUCUAAUAAACUCUUUUAGCAGCAUC